AUGGAAACGUACACGAUGGGUGAUUUGGAAGAUAUUGUUUUAGCGCUUUGUACAGCUGAUAGAGAUGAAUCUGAAUAUGCGGAUGAAAGAGUAGCUGAAAAAGAUUGUAAAUAUAUAUACGAUUAUGCUAUAAACGAUCAUUUUGGGACAGAUGAAGAUGAGAUAAAUCGAAUUUUUUUUGAAACGAAACUACAAUCAACUUCGAUUGAUGUUUAA